CUUUUAAUAAAAAUUCGAGGUGUUAGCUUCCGCUUAAAAAACGUGCCGUUUCUGUUUAACUGCCACUUUUGAAGACUUUCUUUGUCUGUCUGUCUGUCUGCUGUUGUUAGCUACUGUCACAUAAAACUCGCCUGGAAAACUCAUCAUCAUUUUUCAGUCACCGCCAUGUCAUUAGCUGUCACUCUCUCAUCUCCUCCUUCUUCUUCUUCUCUCUCUCAAAGUAAAAUUCACCGUUUCAAUCACCAUCCCAAAUUCAAUAUCCAAUUUUUCUCUUCUAAAUCACCUCUCCGGGCUUCUAGAAGAAGCAUUUCUAAUACUACUAACACCUCUAAUCUUAUAAAUGAUCCUCGAAACUGGGGCCGUUCGAUUAAUACUAGUGAAUUGUUUGAUGAUGGUAAUGAUGAUGAUGAAGAAGAAGAGGAGGAGGAAGAAGAUAGAAGUUUAGAUCUGUUUGUUAGAUUUAUUCAAAAUGUUUUCAAGAAAGUAUCUAAACGAGCUAGAAAAGCUGCGAGAUCGGUUUUGCCUCUUUCUAUCUCUACUAAACUGGUUGGGUUCUCUGUCAACGGAGUCCUGAUUCUGGCGUUUUUGUGGGUUUUGAAGGCUUUUCUUGAGGUGGUUUGUACACUUGGAAGUGUAGUUUUUGUAAGCAUCUUACUCAUACGUGGAAUAUGGUCCGGCAUAACCUAUCUACAAGAGAGCCGUUAUCUUGAGUUAAACGAAGUUGAGGAUGAGCACCAUGAGUGGACUGGUGCUCAGCCUGCAACUUGAUUUUGAUCUCCCAAAAAAGGAAAUGUGGCGAAAUGGAAUCCCGGAUCAAGAAUAAAGCCGGCCUUGGAAUAAACAAGCAGCUAAUAUAAAGGAUGAUGAGAAGAUGACACCAGAGCAAUUCAUUUGUAUAUUUCAAAUAAUUGACUGUGUGAAGUUAGCUUCCCAAAAUGGUAAUCCAGAAGAGCAGAUUCAUUAAGAGAAAGCAUUGACAACAAAAAACAGUGGAAAGCUUUUUUACAAGGGGUAUAUGGAUUAUGAUAGCAAAACUAUAAAUCUUUUGCUUCAGAAAGAUGCUAGUUAUAGAUGUUGUAGUCUUUAACAUAAAUUACAGUGUUAAUAUCACAAUUACAAUGUGGUAGUAGUAUUAGUAAACACAUUCUUAAGCUUACUGGUGAUGUGAGCUCAUCUCGUUUCUCAAAAUAGACUGGGAUGCCUAAUGGAAAUUGUGUAUUUUUCCCCUUCUUCCA